CCGGCGUGCCCGAGACGGCACGCUGAGGCGUGGGGUGCGCGACCUCGGCCGCCCGCCUCUGUCCCCGCCCCUCGGCCUGCCGCUCCGCCCCCGCGGGGCGUCCCGGGCCGCUCGUCCCCUCCGCGGCGGCCGCGCGCGGCCCGGGGUCGCCCGCCGAGCAGAAGCCAAGCAGCAAAUGCUGAAGAAAUGCAUGGGUUUUCUUGACUUCUACAGUGAAAGACCUUGAAAAAGUUGGCACCUCUAGCCUAAGCUGCCGCCAUUCUACUCACCCCAAGACAACCCAGGCUGGACAGUAGUGCUUCUCUCUUUAUUCCUCCAUGUUCAUCCAGAUCAGCAUUUGACUGUUUAUUUUCAAAUCUAAAAAAAAAAGUCCCAGACCCUAGAACUUCACAAUUUGCUUCUCGGGCUCCUUUUGAAGGACACUGACUUAUUCCCGCAAGACCAGAGCCUGCCAUCCCCAGCAGAUCGCCAGUACCUAUGACAUCAUCCCCUCCGUUGUCUUGUUCUGUGGUCUCCUAAAUGCUCAUUCUGUUGGCCUGGGUUCAGUUGGUGGUAUGGAGGGGUGCUGCCUAGCACUGACCUGAGAGUGUUUGUGAGACCCACUGACCCAAUGGACAUCAAAGGCCAGUUCUGGAAUGAUGAUGAUUCUGAAGGAGAUAAUGAAUCAGAGGAAUUUCUGUAUGGAGUUCAGGGGAGCUGUGCAGCUGACCUAUAUAGACACCCACAGCUUGAUGCAGACAUUGAAGCAGUGAAAGAGAUCUACAGUGAGAACUCCGUGUCCAUCAGAGAAUAUGGAACUAUCGAUGACGUGGACAUUGACCUCCACAUCAACAUCAGCUUCCUUGAUGAGGAAGUAUCUACAGCUUGGAAGGUCCUUCGAACAGAACCUAUUGUGUUGAGGCUACGGUUUUCUCUCUCCCAGUACCUCGAUGGACCAGAGCCAUCAAUUGAGGUUUUCCAGCCAUCGAAUAAGGAAGGGUUUGGGCUAGGUCUUCAGUUGAAAAAGAUCCUGGGUAUGUUUACAUCCCAACAAUGGAAACAUCUGAGCAAUGAUUUCUUGAAGACCCAGCAGGAGAAGAGGCACAGUUGGUUCAAGGCAAGUGGUACCAUCAAGAAGUUCCGAGCUGGCCUCAGCAUCUUCUCACCCAUUCCCAAGUCUCCCAGUUUUCCUGUCAUACAGGACUCCAUGUUGAAAGGCAAACUGGGUGUACCAGAGCUUAGAGUUGGACGCCUUAUGAAUCGUUCCAUUUCUUGCACCAUGAAGAACCCAAAAGUAGAGGUGUUUGGCUAUCCCCCUAGCCCCCAGGCAGGUCUCCUGUGCCCCCAGCACGUGGGCCUCCCUCCCCCAGCACGGACUUCUCCUUUGGUCAGUGGUCACUGCAAGAACAUCCCCACCCUGGAGUAUGGAUUCCUCGUCCAGAUCAUGAAGUAUGCAGAGCAGAGGAUUCCAACGUUGAAUGAGUACUGUGUGGUGUGCGAUGAGCAGCAUGUCUUCCAGAAUGGCUCCAUGCUCAAGCCAGCUGUCUGUACUCGAGAACUAUGCGUCUUCUCCUUCUACACCCUGGGAGUCAUGUCGGGAGCCGCAGAGGAGGUGGCUACUGGAGCAGAGGUGGUAGAUCUGCUGGUGGCCAUGUGUAGAGCGGCUUUGGAGUCCCCUAGAAAGAGCAUCAUCUUCGAGCCUUAUCCCUCUGUGGUGGACCCCACUGAUCCCAAGACUCUGGCCUUUAACCCUAAGAAGAAGAAUUAUGAGCGGCUUCAGAAAGCUCUGGAUAGUGUGAUGUCCAUUCGGGAGAUGACCCAGGGCUCAUAUUUGGAAAUCAAGAAACAGAUGGACAAGCUGGAUCCCUUGGCUCAUCCUCUCCUGCAGUGGAUAAUUUCUAGCAACAGGUCACACAUUGUCAAACUACCUCUCAGCAGGCAGCUGAAGUUCAUGCACACCUCACACCAAUUUCUCCUGCUGAGCAGCCCUCCUGCCAAGGAGGCUCGGUUCCGGACCGCCAAGAAGCUCUACGGAAGCACCUUUGCCUUCCAUGGGUCCCACAUUGAGAACUGGCAUUCAAUUCUGCGCAAUGGGCUGGUCAAUGCAUCCUACACCAAACUGCAGCUGCAUGGAGCAGCCUAUGGCAAAGGCAUCUACCUGAGCCCCAUCUCCAGUAUUUCCUUUGGAUACUCAGGAAUGGGCAAAGGACAGCACAGGAUGCCUUCCAAGGAUGAGCUAGUCCAGAGAUACAACAGGAUGAACACCAUCCCCCAGACCAGAUCCAUUCAGUCAAGGUUCCUGCAGAGUCGGAAUCUCAACUGUAUAGCACUUUGUGAAGUGAUUACAUCUAAGGACCUCCAGAAGCAUGGGAACAUUUGGGUGUGCCCUGUGUCCGACCAUGUCUGCACAAGGUUCUUCUUUGUAUAUGAGGAUGGGCAGGUGGGCGAUGCCAACAUUAAUACUCAGGACCCCAAGAUACAGAAGGAAAUCAUGCGUGUGAUCGGAACUCAGGUUUACACAAACUGAGGGGGCCCCAGCCCUCGCACCACCCUGUUCCCCCAGGAUCCAUCUGCCCUUGUAAAAGGGCUCAGAAGCAGCAAGUGAGGCUGCCCUGAGAAAUUCAAGGGGCAAGAAAAGGAUAGAAGAGGCGGCCUUCAUGGUGGAGAUCGAUCCAGGAACUACUCCACAUUUGGAUGGCCCUGACUCCCACCCCUGAUUUGCCCAGUUGACUUCACCCUGUUUGUAAAUAAACAAUAAAAUGGAAGGUGCUGUGGACUGGA